AUGGUUUCCGCUCAAGUUACAAACCUUGCCAUCAUCUUGGUGAUGAUGCAGUUGUCCAAGAAGAUUCCAUUCGAGGACCCGGAUGUUCUUCUUCUUGUGCGCGGCAUGUACAUCUUGUCCAACGUGCUGAUUCUGGGAAUCUAUCUCUACACGCAAUCCAAGGUCAAUGCGAAAAAGGAUAUGACGACCCUCAAGUACGUUGAGCCUGCGCAGAUGGGCAGUGGUGAGGAGCCCAAGCCCGUGACCACCACUGUCAUGGACUAUGACAAGGCACAGCUCCGCCAGCUGAUGCGCAGCCAGCUGAUGGGUGUCGGCAUGAUGUGUGUGAUGCACCUGUACAUGAAGUACACCAACCCUCUGCUUAUCCAGUCGAUCAUCCCUCUCAAGGGUGCAAUUGAGGCCAACCUGGUCAAGAUCCACAUCUUUGGCAAGCCUGCCACUGGCGAUCUGUCGCGUCCCUUCAAGAGCUCCGGCGGCUUCAUGGCCCAGGGCCAGCCCAAGAGCGACAAGGCCUCUAUCGAGGCUGCCGAGAAGAACUACCGUGGUGGUGUUAAGGAGGAAUAA